GUAAAAAUUAUAAGUAUGAGAAAUCUCCGCAAAGCAGAUUUGUUGAGCCAAAGUGAUUGCUAUGUGAAGCUGUGGCUGCCAACAGCUUCGCAUCAGGAAGCCCGGACAAGAGCUGUGUGUAACUGCAGAAACCCUGUCUGGAAUGAAACCUUUCACUUCAUGAUACAGAGACAAGUCAAGAACAUCCUGGAGUUGACUGUCUGUGAUGCGGAUACUUUCACACCAGAUGACAAGCUCUUGACGGUUUGCUUUGAUGUUGCUAAAAUCCCACUUGGAGAAAAAGUUCAGCUGAAUUUUGAGUUAAAUCCAGAGUCUCGUGAAGUUUCCUGUUUGGAGAUACAGGUGGAUGAAACAAAAAUGAAGAGCCCUUACACAAGAGGAGAUUUCACGUUCACAUUGAAAGGAUCCUAUGAAGAAAGCCAGGAUGUUUCCAUAGGUCCUCACUGCAGACAGGGAGACAGUGAAACCACCUUGUUCCACUAUGUCAAGCACAGUCAACCCAGACUGCACAUGAUGCUGCCAAAGGAGUGUGUUCUCUGUGAGGAUGCCUCAGCUAGGAAGGAAAUGGAUGUAAGGAGUCCCCUGGCUGUGCCUCUUCAUUCUCUGGACUUGGACAAAAAGGUGACAGUGAUAAAAGGUGAAUCAUACGAGGUGUCUGCGAAGGAAGAAGAUGGUUGCAAGAAUUUAGACUUGCGGUUGGGGUUUGAUCUAUGUGCAGAAGAACAGGAUUUCCUAAGUAAAAGGAAGAAGGUGGUUGCUGCUGCUCUGAAAAAUAUUCUUCAUCUAGAUGAAGACCUGCAGGAGGAUGAGGUGCCAGUGGUGGCAGUCAUGACCACAGCUGGAGGAGUGCGGUCCAUGACGGCUAUGUUUGGUAGUCUUCUGGCUCUCCAGAACUUAGGUGUUUUGGACUGCGUCUCAUACAUCAGCGGUUUAUCUGCCACAACAUGGGCCAUGGCAAAGAUAUAUGAAGAUGCAAAUUGGUCACAGAAGGAUCUCAGAGGACCAAUUUGUGAUAUCAGGCAACAUGUGACCAAGAGCAAGCUACACUGUUUCUCGUUGGAUCAUAUGAAAUACUAUGAAAAGGAGCUUUGUAAAAGAAAGCGAGACGGGCACAAGCUGUCCUAUACAGAUUUAUGGGGACUCUUCAUUGAUUGUAUGAUACAUCAUCAGGAAAGUACUCACAAACUCUCUGAUCAACAACUGGCAGUAAACCAGGGGCAGAAUCCACUGCCUGUAUACCUGUCCCUCAAUGUCAGGGAUGGCUUUAGCACUCUGGAUUUUAAAGAGUGGGUGGAGUUCACACCUUAUGAGGUGGGUUUCCCAAAAUAUGGGGCCUAUGUUCGUUCAGAGGAUUUUGGUAGUGAGUUCUUCAUGGGCCACCUGAUGAAGAAGAUCCCAGAGUCCCACAUCUGCUUCUUGGAAGGCACGUGGAGUAAUAUAUUUUCCCAUAGUUUUAUGGAUGCUGUCUACCUCUCGGGUCAUUCAGAGGACUUCUGGCACAGAUGGACCCAAGGCACUAAGCAUGACAUUGAGGAACGGCCUGCUCUGCCCAUGAAGCCUCAUGAACAGCCAACUUGCUUAUCCACUCCCCAAGGUUUCCUUUCUAAUACUCUUCGAGAAAUGAUAACUAAGCGGCCAGUGGUUUCAACGUACAAUAACUUUCUCAAGGGUUUGCAGCUCCAUAACAAAUAUCUAGAGAAUGAGAGCUUCUGCAUGUGGAAAGACACAGUGCUUGAUACUUCUCCCAAUGAACUGAACAAAAUGGGUGACUACCUCAAGCUGAUAGACACAGCUUUCUUCAUCAACACCAGCUGCCCACCCAUUCUGAGGCCAGAGAGGAAAGUGGAUGUCAUUUUGCAUUUAAAUUACAGCGGAGGACCACAGACUCUGCCACUGGACCAGUUCUCAGAGUACUGUUUGGCGCAGGGGAUCCCAUUGCCCAGCACUGAGCUGAGCCAGGAGGAACGGGAACACCUGAAAGAGUGCUAUGUGUUUGAGGACAGCUUAGAAGCACCAGUCUUGGUCUUUUUCCCACUGGAGUGUGAUACCUUCCAAAAAUACAAGGCACCAAAUGUGGAGCGCAGCCCCUCAGAGAUGGAGCAGGGGAGAGUGAAUGUGUCCAAAUGUGAUGGCCCCUAUAGCACUGGUCUGCUUACAUAUACUGAAGAGAACUUCGACAAGUUGGUGAACCUGUGCAACUACAACAUCCUGAAUAAUAAACAUUCAAUUCUCCAGGCUUUGCGAACUGCGGUGGAACGAAGAAAGCAAUUUAAAAACUGCUCAUCGCCUCAGCCGUCUAAACUUUCUUGA